AUGGCAGAAGCAGUUGGCCUAGCCCUCAGCGUCCUCCCCAUUGUUAUCUGGGCGCUGGAGAAGUACUCGGAGCCUUUGGAAGCAUAUACCGGCUAUCACAAUGCGAUCAGCACGCUUCAGGCCAACCUGCAGAUCCAGCGGAUGCAUCUUGAGGCGACCUUUCAGAGCAUCGGCUUGCGACACCCGACGCCGCGCGAGCUGCAUGAGUGCCUACGCCAGAAGUUUCCGCAGAACCACCGUGAGAUUCUUUUUAUUAUUCGGCAGAUGGACGAUAUGAUGAUGAAAUUGAUGGAGAAUCUGCAAGUAGACAUGGGCCGAAGACCUUUAUGGACACACGAAUCUUCCGAAAGGGCAUCAUGGGAAUGGCGCCGCGUCAAACGGAGUUUCCGCGCAAAGAAAUGCGAUAAGAUCAUCCACGAUCUGCGCAACUGGAACGACGACCUCCGGCAUCUCAUAGAAAGCGCAGCAACUCUCCCACAUGACGAAAGCUACGCCAUGAGGAGAGUAAGGCGGCUAUAUAACAGAAGCAACUGCGAAUCAGUUCGAAACACCCUUCGAUCUCUCCAUCGAGCACUCCAGGCAGGAUUGGAUAGUGAUGGCGCGAAGAGCCAUCAGGUGUGUAUUGAGUUGAACAGUCUUCACGCGGGAGGUAUUCCUCUUUUGACGUUUCGGAUUGCCAGCGUAGAAGACACAUCAAUCAUCCCAAACAUCUCGGAAAUCAUCGCCCCCACCCCUCCCCCAAUCACAAAUCUCUGCAAAGACUUCGACUCAUCCCCCCACGAAGACGUCUUCGGCUCCCUCAAAGACCCAACCCCAACCUCAUCCCACGAACAAACAAUCUUCUCCCUAAGCCACGUAUCCCGCAACCACGACAGAAUCCUACGAGACAUCUCCCUCGAGAAAAUCAUCGCCACCGAAUCUCAGCGCGUGGCUCCCGCCAUUCAACCCCUCUCCGCAAAACGAAGAUACGGCAUCGCCGCCUCCCUCGCCUGGGCGGUACUAUACCUCUCCGGCAGCCCCUGGCUCUCCCACGGCCUAGACAGACGUAAAGUCAAACUAUUCCUCCAACGAAAACAAGCAAACGGCUACAUAAGCCUUUCCGAAAAGGUCUACCUCUCAUGCAUCAUCUCCAAGACAUCAUUCCCAUCACCAGCAUCAUCAUCCACCUCGCUCGGCCAAACAACUCCAAAGAACCUCAUCUUCGAGCUCGGCAUUCUACUCAUCGAACUCGCUGUCAACCGAUCUUUCAGUCAAGAGUCGCUCUCUGCUAUACUUCAGCACGAUUACCGCCCGCUAAAGCACUACCUUGAUCGGGUAGAGUUGGAAGCUGGGAUAUACUACUUUAACGCCGCUCAGCGAUGUGUAUACAGCGUCUUUCUUGCUGAUCAAGAGCAGAUGGACUUUGAUCUAGAUAAGUUCCAGCAUGAAUUUUACAGUACAGUUGUAGCGCCUCUGCAAGCGACGUAUGAGGCUCGAUAA